AUGGCACCAAAAUCAGCAGAAAAGAAGCCCGUCUCCACCGCUGGUAAAGCCCCAGCCUCUGCCACCAAGCAACCUCAAGAGGGUGGUAAGAAGACAGCUAAGGCUCCAAAGGCCGACGGGGGCGACAAGAAAAAGUCGAACAAGUCCCGCAAGGAAACAUACUCGUCGUAUAUCUACAAGGUCCUUAAGCAAGUCCACCCAGACACUGGUAUUUCCAACAAAGCCAUGAGUGUCCUCAACUCGUUUGUCAACGACCUCUUCGAAAGAGUUGCUUCGGAAGCCUCCAAGCUCGCAUCCUACAACAAGAAGUCUACCAUCUCAUCCAGAGAAAUCCAAACCUCUGUCCGUCUUAUCCUCCCUGGUGAACUUUCAAAGCACGCCAUCUCCGAAGGUACCAAGUCCGUUACCAAGUUCUCCUCAUCCAAGGCUUAA